CUCCCGGGUUCCCGCGUCCCGCCUUGGGCCCGGGCCCAGGGAGCCGCCGCAGGUUUUGUACACUAUGAAGACCUCAGUGCUGGCUGUGGCACUGUGGGGGAAAAGAGCACCCUCUCACAGCAUCACUGUCAUAAUGAUUACAGAUGACCAGCAGACUAUUGUUACAGGAAGUCAAGAGGGGCAAAUAUGUCUUUGGACUCUCUCAUCAGAUUUAAAGAUUUCAUCUAAAGAAAUUCUCUUUGGUCAUACUGCUUCAGUAACAUGCUUGGCGAAAGCAAGAGACUUUGAGAAACAACCAUAUGUGGUUAGUGCUACUGAAAAUGGGGAGAUGUGUGUUUGGAAUGUCACUAGUGGACAGUGCAUUGAGAACGCAAACCUUCCUUAUAGGCAUACAGCAAUCUGUUAUUACCAUUGCUCCUUCCGAAUGACAGGAGAUGGCUGGCUUCUGUGUUGUGGACAAUAUCAAGAUGUCCUCAUUAUUGAUGCUAAGACUUUGGCUGUUCUUCACACUUUAAUAUCUUUUCAGUCUUCUGACUGGAUCAGUGGCAUGUGCAUUGUUCACUCCACAAGGAUUCAAGAAGAUUCACUAGUAGCAGUAUCUGUAACUGGAGAUCUUAAAGUAUGGGAUCUAUCCUCAUCAGUGACCAGUAUACAGGAGAGGCAAAGUGUAUAUGAGCAAGAAUCCAAAGCUCUGGACUGUACAAACUGCCAAGCAAUAAGAUUUUGCACAUACACAGAAAGACUCCUCUUAGUCGUGCUCGCAAACUGUUGGAAGGUCUAUGAUUAUUGUGAUUUUUCCUUGCUGUGCACUGAAUUCAACAAAAGUGGUCAGUGCUUUGCUGGUGGUGAAGUGCUAGCUGCUUGGAGACUCAUCAUCUGGACGGAAGAUGGUCACAGUUACAUCUACCAGCUGCUGAACAGUGGACAUUCUAAAAGCAUAUAUCCUGCCGAUGGAAAAGUGCUCAAAGAAACUGUUUAUCCUCAUUUACUCUGCUCCACUUAUGUGAAAGAAAAUAAGUUGCUGUUAUUUUUGUCACAGAGUUUUCCUUUUGUUAUGGGCUUUAUGAAUGAAAGAAAGGAACCUUUCUAUAAGAUUCUCUUUUCUGGAGAAGCAUCUGGAAGAAUCACCUUGUGGCAUAUUCCUGAUGUCCCAGUGUCGACGCUUGAUGGUUCUCCAAAAGAGAUCCCAAUAGCAGCAGCUUGGACUCUACAGGACGAUUUUGACAAACAUCGUGCUAUGUCAGAAGGCAUUAUUGAUCAUAUUUGUGCAUCUAAAGAUGGGACCGAAAGUGCAGCAGUCACUUCAUCCAUAUAUGUGCCCAACCUUGAUAAGCUGGUGUGUGGGUGUGAAGAUGGGAAAAUUUUCGUAACACUUGCUUUGCAUGCUGCCAAAGCAAGAAUUUUAGAAGACAUUUCCUUGCUGAAACAUACUUUGCCUUCCAAAGUUCUUAAGGGCCACAGCAGGAGUGUUACUUGUUUACUUUAUCCACACAGUAAAUCAGCCAGGUUUGAUCCAAGUUGGCUGGUGUCAGGUGGCCAGGAUUCUUGUGUGAUCUGGUGGGAUAUAUUUACGGAGGAAAUUUUGCAUCAAUUCACUCUGCAAGCUGGUCCAGUCAUGAACCUGUUGUUAUCACCAGAGAACUACAGACUAAACGGGCACAGGAUUGUGUGCUGUAUAUGCAGUGAUCAUUCAGUAGCACUUCUACACCUUCAGGAGAGAGUAUGUCUCUUACAUGCCAGGAAGCAUUUGUUUCCUGUGAAGAUGAUAAAAUGGCACCUUGCUGAAAAUCUGCUAAUUGUCGGAUGCGAAGAUGAUUCAGUUUAUGUUUGGGAAAUUGAAACAGGGACUCUAGAACGGCAUGAAACAGAUGAAAUGGCAAAAGCAAUUCUUACUUCCUGUGAAGAUUCAGAGUGUUUAGUGACUGAUUCUAUACUUCCAGUCUCUCAAGAUACACAAAAGCAUAAAAAUGCAGGAUACAAAUCCUCCAGCUCUUACAAACUUGGCACACUGUCCCACAAUCUUACCCACAUAGAAAAAUCUUCACAUAAGCAAACUGGUACCAGCCAUGUCCAACAGCCUUUUACUAUCUUGCCAGUAAAGACAAAAUGGAACAACAUAAGCUUUCAUGUUCUCUUAUUUGAUCUGGAAAAACUUGUAGAACUUUUACUGUCAUCUCAACUCAGUGGACUGAAAUCAUCAAAUUCAUUCCACAGUUAUGACAUUUUAAAAAGAGCCAAAAGCACAGCAGAAAAAAGGACACUAAUGUUAAAAAGAAAUAAAACUGCUGGCUCUCUCUUCCCAAUGGAUGGACAAGUAAAAAAUGCUUGUGAAAAAAAGGUCCAUAGGGAUAAUAGUGCAGCAAGGUCUUUGGAAGAAAGUGGUGGCAUCAAAAGACAUAAAAAAAUGAAGAGUUCGAAAAAGAUUAGACUGCAGCCACCAGGAAAAAUCGAUGCUAACAUCACCACAGACACAGCUAAACUGCUUUUGUCAUGUCUCUUACCAUGGGGUGUGGAUAAAGAAUUAGACAAUCACUGUGUUAGAUAUUUAGAUAUCUUCAGACUUCAGUGUCCAGUUUCUUUUGGACUAGUAUCAAAUGGAAAUCACAUAUCACUAAUGCUGCCAGGAUGGAAUUGUAAUCACUGUGAUGUGGUGGAAGAACACGUGCCAAUUAACUUGUUUUCAAGAAAAGUACUAGAUUUGUCAAACAAGUACAUCACUGCAGGCCAAGGACAAAUUGGAAAGAAAUAUGGACUAGACCAUAAUGCUGAUGGCAAACAAGGAUCACAAAUGGUAUUCUACUUAUUGAGCAGAGUAUCUUUAGUCAACAGGAUAGUUACUUUGCCUUUGGAAUUCACCAGCAGAAUUGACAGUCCACCGAAAUUAGAAUCUGUACGUAACAAGUGGAGAAGUUCAGAAACAUUCAGCCCUUCAUUUUCCACUUUUUAUGGAGAGUUACAAAACUAUAAAAGUGUAUUACAUUUCCCUGAUCCUGGGAAUGUUUCACUGGUGAAACUCAUUUCAUGUUGGAGAGACCAAUCUGUAAAGAUUAUUGAGGUGAUACAAGCAGCGCUACUGGCAGAAGUACAAAGAAGUAUGAAAACCUUGAAAAAGACAUCAAUCAGCAAUCAACCAGUGACCGUGGUAGACAAUGGAAAUGGUGAGGUGCAGACACUGGCAAAAACUGAGCAGACAGAGCAGAUGGUGAAAUGCAUUAAAAACAUUCCCUUGCCGACUGCAGUCAGUGUGGGCAAGCAUGACAGCUGCUCAAACUCGGCAAACUUCCAAGGAGUUGAGUGUAUGCCUGACCGAUGUGUCAUGGAAGAGUCUGAGAGUCCAGAUGAGAUGAAACAGCAUCCUUGGAUGUCCAAGGUGUGUUCCUGCAAGGUGUGUUAGAUAAGCCUGCUCAUUCAAUGGAACUAGAAGGUGGUCAAGUACAGCAGAGGAACUGAAAAUACAGGA